AUGUCAAUGUCACUCAAACGUGUGGGCGGCAAAGAAGACGGAGGAGUCGAUCUUGUCGGCUGGUGGUGGCUACCACACAACGCCGCCAGUGUGUCAAGUUCGUCACCUGCUUCAACCGCAGACAGACGGCGCCUCCGGGUAAUUGGUCAAUGCAAAGCGGAGAAGAAGAAGAUGGGGCCGAACUACGUGCGAGAGCUGGAAGGCGUUUCAUACAAUCUUCUUGCUCGGGGAUUCACUACCUUUCCAGUCCCAUCGAAAGAUAACGAGAACGGUGCUUGGGCGGAGUUCGGGCAAGAUUCGUCAAUCCCCUUGGUCGCGCUGCUUAUUUCCCAAUCACUAUUCACGAAAUCUACAAUCCUACGCGCCCACUCGUCUUCGAUACCCUUCUUCUUACUUCAUCUACCGUCACUCGAAGAUACCCUGGUUAACGGCAAGGAGGCCGAAGACGGCGACCCCAGAGACGUCGCAGGCAACUUGGGCUCUGUGUACUGCAAUGCAGCCCUCUCUGGGACUCAGGGCCUGCUGAAAGGCCACAUGGAAGUGCGCUGGGAACGGCACUUCUCAGGCGAAAGCGGGCGUCCUGCUCUAUGGUGGAAGGACGAGAGGCUUCAAAGCUGGACGCCCGACCUCCAUCCUCUUGUGGGGCAAAUGGGAUAG